AUGUUCCGUAUAAGCAACACAGUGGUUGGUUUCCUUAACAUUCUAACCUUAUUGCUUUCACUCGCCGGAAUGGGUGGUUCCGCCUACAUCCACUUUCACAAAACCGACUGUCUCAAAGUAUUAAUGUAUCCUCUUCUCUUUGGCACCAUCUUCAUUUUCGUCGUGUCCAUUCUCGGAAUAACGGGCUCGUUGUUCCGCGUCAAUGAGGCUCUCUAUGCUUACCUUCUUGCAUCGUUCUUUGUUAUAUUAGGGUUCAUGUUGUUCACUGUUUUUGCAUUGUUUGUCACUAAUAAAGUGAAGGUUGAGGAUAAAGGAAUUCAAGAGUAUAGGGUUGAGGAUUUUUCCCUUUGGUUGCAGCAAUAUGUUAUUAACGACAAAAAUUGGAAAGACAUUAAGAGUUGUUUGGUGGGUGUAGGUUUUUGUCAAUGGAACAUCUCCAUCGGACAGGUAGGAUGUUGUAAGCCACCUGUGCAAUGUGGCUUCACUAAGAAAAAUGAAACAUUCUGGGAAGUACCAAAAACAGGUCCAGCAGUGAACGAUACAGAUUGUAGAAGUUGGAAGAAUAGGGAGAAAAUGUUGUGUUAUGAUUGCAAUUCAUGCAAAGGAGAAAUGUUGGGUAACAUAAGGAAACAGUGGAGAUAUCUAACUAUGUUCAAUGUUUGUGUGCUUAUAAUCCUCACUACUAUAUAUGUUUUGGGAUGCUAUGCUAUCAGGAACAAUCCAAUACAUCAACACCACCAUUCUUAUGGAAUCACCCAUCAUGAUAUUGGAUAUCAUUGA